GGAGCUGGUGCUGGUGCCUGGUGCUGCCAGUGCUGCCUGCAAGCGUGCAACGUGCAAGUUGUCCACUCUCCAUUUGCCACUUUGCAGGCGAAGCGGGGUUUUUGGAAACGGUGUGGUGGUGUGACAGUGUUACUUUCAACCCAGCAAGGUAAACUUGAAGUAUGCACUGCUACGGAGACGAGCACAGGUUGUUCCUUCAGAUUAUGCUCAACCGAAAAAUACUAUCACUUUCCGAGUUAAAAACCAUCAUUACAUUCUGCCACGAAACGUACAAAGCACCCUUCGAUCUCGACCGUGAUGCAGACGCUGUGAAAAAGUUCAUUCACGACAUGAAUACAGAAAUGACGCCGUUUCACAUGAGAGUCAAGCACGGGGUGUCCGAAGAUGACGGCGAGCACUAUUACGCGCUAGUGAACCUCAAAGACGAUGACCUCUCAAAAGCUGCCAGCAAGAAAUACACAGAAAACGAAAUCAAAUUUUUGAAGAAGCUGGUGGAAAAAGUAGUGGAUUCUCGUAACGGGACCGUCUCUUCGAUCGAAGCCAUCAACCUGACACACGGCAUUGAACGUUUCAGUGCCAGCGACGCAGAAUCUCUGAUUGAACGGUUCAUUCACGAUAAAUGCCUAACCGAGGACCAAGGUCUGAUUAGCUUGAGUACUUUGAGCAUCAUGGAAAUGGAACCGUACUUGCAAAAUCACUUUGGAAGCAGCUUAAGCAGGUGCCAUGCAUGCAAGCGCAUUUGCAUCAAGGGUCAGACCUGUCAGGCAGAAGACUGUGAAGUGAAAAUGCACUUCCACUGUGCUCAGAAAUUAUUUCACGGAGACACGACGGAGCACGGCUGCCCUGCCUGUGGAAAUCGGUGGCGCUCGUGAUCACUUUGAUUGCAUCUUUUUAUGUGUUGCGGCUCGUGAAAGUAACGUCUGUUCUAAAAAAAUGGGUCAAGGUGACAGGAUUGUAGCAUCAAUGAACACAAAUGAGGACUCACUUUUUUUAUCAUUUUAGAGAUGGCAUCUAGAUAGAAUUCCUGGAACAUGUGUCAGUAAAUUUUGUUUGUAAUUGUUACGCAUUGUACCUACACCCUUUCCUAGUCACUUUCCUGAGUAAAGCCCAGUUGUGCAGUGUCUACACCCAAAGUCAUUUUGCUUCAGCUUGUUUUCCAGCACUCGUGAAUGGUUCAAGUUCACUAUGAAGUAUUCAUUAAACGUUUUUGCUCAACAA